AGCACCAGCACCAGCACCAGCAGCAGCACUACAUCCGCAUCUGCAUCUGCAUCCGCAUCACAGAGCUGGCCCAUGGGCCGGCUGAGCCAUCAGUUGCGCCACCUGCUCAUCGUGGGACUGUUGCUGUGCCUAACCGGCGGCCUGGUGGAGGGGCGACGUCAUGCCCCGCUCAUGUUCGAGGAGUCCGACACGGGCAGGCGAUCCAAUCGACCAGCGGUUACCGAAUGUCAGUUUGGCAAAGUUCUCCGUGAGUUGGGCUCGACCUGGUAUGCGGAUCUGGGACCGCCCUUCGGGGUGAUGUACUGCAUCAAAUGCGAAUGCGUGGCGAUACCCAAGAAGCGCCGCAUCGUUGCACGCGUCCAGUGUCGCAACAUUAAGAACGAGUGCCCGCCGGCCAAGUGCGACGAUCCCAUCUCGCUGCCCGGCAAGUGCUGCAAGACCUGUCCGGGGGAUCGCAAUGAUACGGAUGUGGCCUUGGAUGUGCCAGUGCCCAACGAGGAGGAGGAGCGCAACAUGAAACAUUACGCUGCGCUACUGACGGGCCGGACAUCGUACUUCCUCAAGGGAGAGGAAAUGAAGUCCAUGUACACCACCUACAAUCCGCACAACAUUGUGGCCACCGCCCGGUUCCUGUUCCACAAGAAGAACCUCUACUACUCGUUCUACACAUCGUCGCGCAUUGGGCGUCCGCGGGCCAUCCAGUUCGUGGACGAUGCCGGCGUCAUACUCGAGGAGCACCAGCUGGAGACGACCCUCACGGGCACCCUCAGCGUCUACCAGAAUGCCACUGGCAAGAUCUGCGGCGUGUGGCGCCGCGUGCCCAGGGAUUACAAGCGCAUCCUGCGCGACGACCGCCUCCACGUGGUCCUGUUGUGGGGCAACAAGCACCAGUCGGAACUGGCCCUGGCCGGAAAGAUAGCCAAGUACACGGCCCUGCAGACGGAGCUGUUCAGCUCGCUGCUGGAGCCGCCCCAGAGCCAGCCCGGCGGCAAGUUCGAUCCGAUGCUGACCGGAGCCGGUGGCACGGCCAUCGUCUCGACCAGCAGUGGAGCUGCCUCCUCCAUGCACCUGACCCUCGUGUUCAACGGCAUCUUCGGGGCGGAGGAGUACGCGGACGCCGCUCUCAGCGUGAAGAUCGAGCUGCCGGAGCGCAAGGAGAUCAUCUUCGAUGAGGUGCCGCGCGUGCGCAAGCCCUCGGCCGAGAUCAAUGUCCUGGAGCUCUCCUCGCCCAUCUCCAUUCAGAACCUGCGGCUCAUGUCCCGUGGCAAGCUGCUGCUCACCGUCGAGUCGAAGAAGUAUCCCCAGCUGCGCAUCCAGGGGCACAUCGUGACCCGGGCCAGCUGCGAGAUCUUCCAGACCCUGCUGGCGCCGCACAACGGCGAGUCGGCUACGCGCAGCAGCGGCCUGGCCUGGGUCUACCUCAACACGGACGGGUCGCUGGCCUACAACAUCGAGACGGACCACGUCAACACCCGCGACCGGCCGAACAUCAGCCUCGUGGAGGAACAGGGCAAACGCAAGGCCAAGCUGGAGGACCUGACGCCCAGCUUCAACUUCAACCAGGCCAUCGGCAGCGUGGAGAAGCUCGGCCCCAAGGUGCUCGAGUCUCUCUACGCCGGGGAGUUGGGCGUCAACGUGGGCACCGAGCACGAGACGAGCCUCAUCCGGGGCCGCCUGGUGCCGCGGCCCGUGGCCGAUGCCCGCGACUCCGCCGAGCCCAUUCUGCUGAAGCGGCAGGAGCACCUGGCAGCAAGUGGCAGCAACCAGUCCGGACAUGCCAUGGGCAUGGCCUGGAUGUCCAUCGACAACGAGUGCAAUCUCCACUACGAGCUGACGCUGAGCGGAGUGCCGCCGCAGGACCUGCAGCUGUAUCUGGAGGAAAAGCCGAUCGAGGCCAUCGGCGCACCGGUGACCCGCAAGCUGCUCGAGGAGUUCAACGGCUCCUACCUCGAGGGCUUCUUCCUGAGCAUGCCCUCCGCGGAGCUGAUCAAGCUGGAGAUGAGCGUCUGCUACCUGGAGCUGCACUCCAAGCACUCCAAGCAGCUGCUCCUGCGCGGCAAGCUCAAGAGCACCAAGGUGCCCGCCCACUGCUUCCCCGUCUACACCGACAACAAUGUGCCCGUGCCCGGAGACCACAACGACAACCACCUGAUCAACGCGGAGACCAAGUGCUUCCACUCCGGCCGCUUCUACAACGAGUCCGAGCAGUGGCGCAGCGCCCAGGAUGCCUGCCAGAUGUGCGCCUGCCUGCGGGGCCAGUCCAACUGUGAGGUGAUCAAGUGUCCGCCCCUCAAGUGCCGCCUCUCGGAGCAGUUGCUGCAGCGCGACGGCGAAUGCUGUCCGAGCUGCGUGCCCAAGCGAGAGGCGACCGCCGUCUCGGACUGGACACAGCCCCAGGGAUCAUCCGUUUCCGCAUCCGCAUCCGCAUCCGCAUCCUCAUCCUUGCCGGCUGUUAAUGGCAGCGACCUGCUCCUGCAACAGCAGCGACGGGGCUGCCGGCUGGGCGACCAGUUCCAUGCCGCCGGCGCCAGCUGGCAUCCGUUCCUGCCGCCCAAUGGCUUCGAUACCUGCACCACCUGCAGCUGCGACCCCCUGACGCUGGAGAUCCGCUGCCCGCGGCUCGUGUGCCCGCCGCUGCAGUGCAGCGAGAAGCUGGCCUACCGACCGGACAAGAAGGCCUGCUGCAAGGUCUGUCCCGAGGGCAAGCAGAGCAGCCCGGCCGGCGGCAAGGCGGCCCCGAACAAUCCCAACGUGCUGCAGGACCAGGCCAUGCAGCGCUCCCCGCAGCACAGUGCCGAGGAUGUCCUGGCCGCAGGUGGCUGCAAGGUGGUCAAUAAGGUCUACGAGAACGGACAGGAGUGGCAUCCCAUUCUGAUGUCGCACGGCGAACAGAAGUGCAUCAAGUGCCGCUGCAAGGACUCGAAGGUGAACUGCGAUCGGAAGCGCUGCUCACGAUCCACAUGCCAGCAGCAGACAAGAGUUUCCAGCAAGCGGCGGAUCUUCGAGAAGCCCGACUCAGCGCCGACUCUGGACGAGUGCUGUUCGACGCAGUGCCGCCGCUCGAGACGCCACCACAAGCGCCAGCCGCACCACCAGCAGCGCUCCAAUGCCGCCGCCUCCAGCAGUUGAGCGCCGAUUGAGCCGGGAAAGCAGCCGGGAAAGCAGAGGGAAGGCAGCGGGAAAGCAGCCGGGAAAGCGCCGGGAAAGCGAAGGAUUCUUGGGCCACACAAGCACACACACACACUCAGUGCGGUGUGGGCCGAGCCAGAGGCACCUACAUACACACAUCACAUAUACCCUGAUACACACCCCACACACACGUAUACACACACACACACACACACACAUACACACACUUAUGCGGUGUUGCAUAGAUCGUUGUUGUUUUGUGGCAACAAUGGAAACUUGUAUUAUAUAAACGAAUGAGAGCGGAAGAGCAGGAAAGAGCGAGAUCGACCCCAGAGAGCUCCUCCAGAGAUUAGCAGAGAGAGUAGAGAGAAAGAGGGAAACCCUUGGAGGAAAGCUCCCCAGAGGGGGCAGAGAAUCCUCUCACCCACAAGGAGAGCUUGCAAGAGAGCGAGAGAUUGAGAGAUUGAGAGAGAGAGAGUAAGAAAAACCAGUGCAGUUUUGCUUUAAAAUUCGCCAGAGCAGAAUUUUUCUUUGAAAAGCAUUUUCCGAAUUUCUUUUACCAAAUCCCACCCAGCCCACCUUUUCCCCCUCCCAAAAAAUCAAACAAAAAAAAAACACAA